AUGUCUUCCUUCGGUAUGUCGAACGGCAUGUCAAGAAAUAGCUUUGGUGGUUAUGACGGAGGAAACGAUUAUGGAUCACAGGGACCAUAUCAGAAUCAGAGUGACACACCACAAAUUUACCGCGCGGUUUACUCCAAUGUGUCGGUCUAUGAGAUGGAGACUCGAGGUGUCGCAGUUAUGAAACGUCGAUCCGAUUCCUGGUUAAAUGCGACUCAAAUCCUGAAGGUGGCUGGGGUUGUCAAAGCCAGAAGAACGAAGACCCUGGAGAAAGAAAUUGCCGCCGGGGAGCAUGAGAAGGUCCAAGGGGGCUAUGGAAAAUACCAAGGAACGUGGGUCAAUUACCAGAGAGGUGUCGAUCUUUGUCGAGAAUACCACGUUGAAGAAAUCUUGCGACCCCUUCUGGAGUAUGACAUGGCCCCCGAUGGAUCUGGCGGCCCUUCUCAAGAAAUACUCGACACACCCACGAAGGAACAAGCCAUGGCUGCACAACGCAAGCGCCUUUACAGUGGCGCCGAGAAUCGCAGCAUAUCUCAGCCCCAACAAGGGACGUUCUUCCAGAACAUCUCGCGCGCCGCGGCAACUGCAGUGAAUGCCAUCAGCAAAGCUCGAUUUGACUCUCCGGCUGCCAACAGUCGACGCCCAAGUGUGCCGCGCAAACCAUCGCAACAAAUGGCUAGCCAGAGCCAGGACUCCCAAAUGACUUUCGGUAGUCAGAACAGCAUGUACAUGUCCGAUAGCGGGUUCAGCAGUCUACAGAAUCGCUUCCAGCAGGACGAUCAUGAUGACUUUGCGGAACCCCCCCGCAAGCGUGUUCGUUCGUCAUCGCAUCAAGCUCCUUCAAUUGGCUUCCACCGCGAGCCAUCCAACCUCUCCAUGCAUGACCCUACUCCGACAGAGCCCAAUGAUUCCUUUUACCAGGACGUGGACUUGCCGCCCCCGCCAAUGGAUGAUGGCCAGAAGCGCGGCCUCGAGCCAGUGCCUCCGGCUUCGGAGCCAGAGGGCUUCCAAAAGACCAAGCUUAUUAUGACUCUAUUCCUUGACAAGCGAACCAAAGACUUCUCCAACCAUCCCGCUCUAUUGCAGCUGACUGGCGAAGAUCUUGAAAUCCCGCUUGACGAGUACCGAAAUAAUGCUCUUCAUUGGGCUGCGAUGCUUGCACGAAUGCCGCUAGUUCAUGCGCUUGUGGCCAAAGGAGCAAGCAUAUCUCGAGUCAACCUCGCUGGUGAGACUGCACUGCAGAAGGCAGUGGGAACCCGCAACAACUUAGACUACAGAAGUUUCCCCCGCUUGCUUCAGGUGCUUGCACCAACUAUUGACAUGGUCGAUUACAGUGGUAGGACUAUCUUGCACCACAUCGCCGUCAUGGCCGCAACGGGUGGCGGAGGCCAUGUCUCUGCUAAACACUACCUGGAGUCACUCUUGGAGUUCAUUGUCCGACAUGGUGGUUUAUCAUCAGCUACCAAUGGCGAACACACUCAAAAUGGCACCUCCAGUACGGAUUGCAUCUCUCUCGGGCGGUUCAUCUCAGAGAUCGUCAAUCUGCGUGAUGAUCAGGGUGAUACAGCCUUGAAUCUCGCUGGGCGUGCGCGCUCGGUCCUCGUUCCUCAGCUUUUGGAAGUUGGUGCUGACCCACACAUUCCCAAUCAUACCGGUCUCCGACCUGCCGACUACGGAGUUGGCGUUGAUAUGGUAGACAACUCGCAGUCGCAGCAGAACGGGAGCCGUAAUGAUACUUUCAUUGAUCAGUUGGCGAAAUCUAAGAAGGAGAUACUCGAUGCCGCUAUGUCUCAAAUCAGCACAAUGGUUGAAGAGGCACUGGGUGGUAUCGAUCGGGAGUUGGCAUCAAGCCUGACCCAAAAACAGGAGAAGUUCGAUCAUUGGCAUUCAAAAAUCCGCGAGUCUGCCAAGGCUCUCGACCGACGGAUCAAGAAUCUCGAGCGGUCUUCAGAAAGUUUGAUCAGUACAUUAAAGGGUACCCAAGGAUUUGAUAUCUCCCGACUCGCCGUUGUCGGCGACGCAGACCAAAAUUCCGGCGUGGAUAUCACUGCAUUCGAUGCCCUAUUCCCUAGUACCUAUGAACCCGCCUCAGGGUUCUCUCCUCAACAAAUCGCGUUCUUGGCAGCAUUAUCCCCGCCAGACGUACUUCAGCAUCGGCUUCAAUGCUAUCAAAAUUUCAAUGCUGGUAUCACUGCAGAAGUUGAUGCCCUCAAGGCGAAAAAUGCCGUUCUAGGCCAAAAUUACCGGCGAAUGGUGAUGGCAUGCACGGGAUGGACCGCGGAACAAGUGGACGAGGCAGCAGAAGGCUUGACACAAUGUGUCAAGGAGUUGAAUGAGAACCCCGUACCGGAAGACGAGGCCAUUGAGAUUCUGAUGCGGGAUCGUGGGCAGGACUGGUAA